AUGCUUGUCGAGGAGUUCGAACAUGAACCGCCUCGAAAACGCGGCAUCCACGCUCCAUUGUCGUGUCGUGAUCCAUCGGGAUCUGAAUGGGUGGUGAGAGUGAAUCCGAAGGACAAAGCAGUAUCCCGCCUAAGCUGUCGAAAUCCCUACAACAUCAUGAGCGUAUGUUCAAGUUCUUCUCAUCCGCUUCCAUAUUUUCUAACCCCCUCCAAACAGAGCUCGACCUGGGCCAAGUUCUUCGCUUUCGUCCUAGACACAAUGAUCAAGAAAGAGAAGAAGACGGCCAAAAAGCAAGCCAAAAAGGCCGGAAGGUCGACCUACUACUCUUCCUCCAAUAUCCACCGUACACCCAGAGGCUCACUCACCAACGAUGCAGACCUCUACACGCCCACCAUAUACAUAAACGGCGUUUAUAUGGACCCAGAUACUACCAAUGCGGGAACCAGUCAUUCCGUUUCUCACACUCAUGUAGACGGUCACACCAUUACUCUGGAGGCUACUCUGGUGGUAGCAGUUGGGGCGAUAGCGGAAACAGCUAUAGCAGUUCCUCGGGAGGCGACAGCGGCGGAUCCAGCAGCUCCUCAGGUGGCAGCAGCAGUAGCAGCUCGUAAC